GUUUGAGGCACGCCCUAGAGCCAAAGCGUCGGAAUUAGUAACCAAGUGAAUAGAGUUUCGCUCAAACAUCCAGCGACGCCCGUUACGAUGAUGCUCCCAUCGCCCAAGCGCUUGUGUUUCCCAUGGCUUUAUCAGGGGUCCUAAGCAGAUCCUUCGUUUUGAAUGGCAGACAAAUCGGUGAAUGCGUUGUUCACAGUGACCUGCGCAAACGGACCACCCACAAACGGCAUUCACGAUGCAGCACCAACAAAUUCACCAUCUACUCCAGGGCCUUCGCCAACCUGCUCAUACAAUGGACUACAUAACCUUUCGCAUUCCAAACCGCAACUCCAUCGCAGUUUGCAAAGAACCCGGCCAUCAAUAUGGACAACUUCAUGAACCGAGAUCUCAAACCCACCGAGACCUGCGUCAUCUGCACCGAGCCCUUCAGCGAGACACACCAGCCCGUCGCUCUCCCCUGUCGCCAUAUUUUUGGCCACACAUGCAUCAAGAAGUGGCUGCGCAACGGCCGCGGUAACACCAACAGCUGCCCGUUCUGCAGACACAUCAUCUUCGACCAAGCAAGCCAAUCCACGUUCGACGCGGCUUCGAUAUGGAAAGCGCUAUGCGAGCAGCCCCCAGAACGACUCCACUCCUUUCUCUCGGCAAUGUGGGAAGGUAUCCGGAAGCUGUGGCAGCGGAGGACCGGCAUGUCGGGGACCUUUACCACUACGCAGAUUCUCGAUGAGGCUGCUAUUCCUGCGUUGGUGAAGCUUUCUGGUAGCGGCGAGGGUCCGUUCAUGGACUGCUUCAACCUCGUUGCUGCAUCUUGGGAUUCCUUGGGGCGUCCGGAUAAUGCGCAGGGCCUCGCCGUGCCACUCGUUCGCCUUGCGCGCCUGAUGUCGCAGGCUUCUGGCGUGCUGCCGAGGUGGCUCACCAGCGUGCAGCGCACGAACUUACUGUUCUGGAGGGCAAACGCAGCUCUGGGCUUGGCCGAGGAGAAUGUCACAUGGGACCGCGUUAUCGAAGCCGCAAGCCUGGAAAACGGACGCUACUUUCCUCUCCUCCACCUAUAUACGGUCCUUAUCUCUCAAAGCAUCGCGCACACCUCCCAGCCACGCGAGCUACCCACGCGCCGACAUGAGAUCAUGAACCUAGUAGUGGAGCGGUGCUGCAAGAGGAUUGGCGCUGAUUGGGGAGGGCGACCGUCAAAUGAGUUCAAAGAUAAGCUGGUUGCCGUGUAUCAGGAGCUGAGCAGGUAUCAGGUAGAGAAAGGGAAUAAGAGCUUGAGGGGCCACGACGGUGAAGAACAUGUGGUCCGAGGGCUUUGGGGCAUGGCUGCGUGGAGUAAGGGAAACGCGGCUCGACGGAGAGACAGUCCUCCAGCAGGGGGGACGAGGAACCGGCCUUCCUCAGGCUGGGAUACGGAUGAGUAAGGUACGCUACAGCACCUAAAGCUAGCCGUGCCCCUGACAGGCUUGUUUGCUUGGGCUAAGGUGGCUUUGGGUCAUUAUUGAUUUGUUUUUCUGCGUACAUCAGAGCUUACCACGGUUACUCCAUAUCUUUUCAACCCAAUCACCUGAUCUCCGCGCUAUUCACCACCGUGCCAAACACAUCCGCCAACUCCGCCAACGCAACCCUCGUCACCUCCUCACCCUUC